AUGAUGGCAGCCUGGAAGUUGGGCCCUGCUCUUGCAUGCGGCAACACCGUUGUGCUCAAGGCUGCUGAGCAGACCCCUCUCUCAGUCCUGUACCUGGCUAAGUUGAUCAAGGAGGCUGGCUUCCCCGCUGGUGUCGUCAACAUCGUCAACGGUUAUGGAGCCGAGGCUGGAUCUGCCAUUGCUGCCCAUCCUGGUGUCGAUAAGAUUGCCUUUACUGGCUCAACAAUCACCGGAAAGGCUAUUAUGAAGAAGGCUUCCGAGCACCUCAAGAACGUCACUCUCGAGACCGGAGGCAAGAGCCCUCUCAUUGUUUUCGACGAUGCCGAUUUCGAGCAAGCGGUCAAGUGGUCUCACGGUGGCAUCAUGGCUUUAGGCAACAUGGGACAAAUCUGCACAGCCACAUCCCGUAUCUUUGUGCAAGACACUAUCUACGAGAAGUUCCUCGAGGCUUUCCACGAGCAAGUCAAGUCUGCCACCGUUAUCGGUGAUCCUUUCGACGAGAACACCACACACGGUCCUCAAGUUUCCAAGGCACAAUAUGAGAAGAUCCUGUCACUUAUUGAGGCAGGAAAGUCAGAAGGAGCAGGUCUCCUGACUGGUGGUGCCCGUUCUGGAGACAAGGGUUUCUAUAUUCAGCCCACUGUCUUCCGUGAUGUCAAGCCAAACAUGAAGAUUGCUCGGGAGGAGAUCUUCGGACCUUGCGUCAUCAUUGCGCCUUUCUCAACAGAGGCCGAUGCGAUUAAGAGUGCCAAUGAUACCAGUUACGGCCUGGGUGCUGCCGUCUUCACUGAGAACCUCCGCAAGGCUCACCGUGUCGCCGCGGGCGUUCAGGCUGGAACCGUUUGGAUCAACAGCUCUCGGGACACCCACUAUGGUGUUCCCUUCGGAGGCUCCAAGCAGUCUGGUAUCGGCCGUGAGCUUGGAUCCUACGCUUUGUCUGCAUACACCCAGGUCAAGGCUGUCCACGGUACAUUCUUCCUCUCCCCCUUCUAUGACACACCCACAGUAUCUAACUUGAGUUAG